GUCUCUAUUCACUCAGCAAACCCAAACAAUGCCAUGAGAUGAGACCCCCAAACCUCUAAACCACAACCGGAAGAGACAACACACAGAUAGUCUUCAAAUAUCUUCCUAUUAUGGCUGCUGCCUGGGUCAAGUCUUUACAGUGCAAAUCACGAGCAUACGAUGACGUUUUUCAUCCCACCUCCAAAAAUCUCUUACCCAGUUCCAGUUGCAGAAGAUCCGACGUCAUCGAAACUACGACCAAGAAGAAGCAAUAUCAAAAACCUAAAACUUUUAAACCGCCAGCAAAGCCAGAACCUGGUUUCAACUCCACCAUCAGACCUCGUCACAGUCACGGAGCAACUGAUCGUCCCGUACGGAACCCCGAACAUCCUAAAUUUCCUGCGCUGACGGAGCUUCCCGAGGGCCACCCUUCACGUAAUGUAGUAGAGAUUAUAUUCCACACUAGUUGGGGGCCGAAAGCAUUUUCGGGUCGGGUUGACAUGAUAUUCAAGGUGCAGAAUGGGCCGAGGACAGUGGCCCGAUUCGAGGAGUAUAGAAAGUUGGUGAAGAGUCGGUGCGGGACGGGUUUGGCUCCGGGUAGUCCGAGCGAGGAGGAGAAUGCGAGGUGCGUGGCGGAUGGGAAUGAGGUAAUGAGGUUUUACUGCUUGGGACCCACGUUUGAUAAUAGUGGGUACGGGGCGUUGGGUUUUCCGGGCGGGAAAGGAUCGGCGAUUUGCACAUAUUCUGGGAGCAGUGGGGCCCACGAGAGCGCCGGCGGAGGUAGAGGGAGGAGGGCCAUGUUGGUUUGUCGGGUCAUUGCGGGUAGGGUUUCGAAGCAAAUCGGGUUUGACUCGGUGAGUGGGGAGAACGGCGAGUUGCUUGUAUUGGACUCACGCGCGGUGUUGCCCUGUUUUCUCAUUAUCUACAAAUUGUAAAAUUAAUGGAAUUGUUUUUAUGGUUUAUUAUCGGGUA